AUUUUCCUUAACCAUUUUCCUCAUCGCCUCUCGCUUCUCCCACGUGUUCAACGUACGCUUUGUAACAACACUGUCAUCAGCCCCGUUGUAGGUGUGGGGCAUCGGGUCUACGAGGGUGCAGCAGGUCACAGGUUUUCGUUAGGAUUGGUGGUGCAGUUUUACUUCAAUUCGGCAAAGAAGCUAGUCCGACAGUGUUAAACUUGUUGGGUGCGAUCUUCAAUGGUAGUCCAGGGUUCGAAUAAGUGUUCGUAAAUGUGUUUGAAGAGCGUUCCAAGCCUUCUAGUGCGGGUCAUGUUUUCACGACAAUAAAGUGCGCGCAUUCGGAUAAAGACGGAAAUCGCAACGAUGGUGAAUGGUGCUGAUUCAUUGGCAGUACCACAGCUGCGAGAGGUUUUCUGCGUAAGAAACAGCUUUGUUUCUACAGCAGCAAUGAUCACAGAAGAAGUGUAGUAAGAAUCCGUCGUCGUACUCCACUGGUCGGUCGGUACAAGUAAUGGGGAAUUGCUUCAAAGGAUGCCUUUCGGAAGAGAAUCAAUUGCGCAGGAGUCGUACGCUGAACGCCAGCGACAGCCAGUAUGAGAUGCUGGUUGAGGGAACACUGCAACGGCAAAUACAAAACAAGCAGAAAACGAAAAAACCCAAGCUUUUCGGAAAGUUCUGGAAACGGAAGGACGUGGAGUACUCAAGACUGAAAAAAUCAAACAAUAAUUUUGUAGACAGAUGUAACAGGAAUAACAAUCAGAUAUCAGGAUCUGAAAUACAACUGCAGUGCCUCGACGCACAUUCGCUGCUGCUGGUAUCCAAGGAUGCUAAUACUCGGAGGAACGGGUAUCAUGAUCUCACAACUGACGUAACCUCUACACCGGGUAGUUCGCUGGAUCUGGAGUGGGAGAACGAUUAUGGCUACCAACAAAACCCUUGGGCAUUACGAUCAAGCGAUGAUCAACAGUUAGCCUACACAAACCGGACAGAUUCUGUUUUCAAGGUGGAAGAAUGGUCCACACUGAAGAGAAGUAAAGAUCGUAUAAACUCCAUCAGACGGCUGGAUCGGAAUGGGACCAAUCGUCCCGGACCGGAUCAGCCGUUGGCUAACGUUGGAGCCAACGAAUGCGGUGCCCUUGGGACACCCUCAAUCUGUGGUUCCUAUGCCUCUUCGUCACACAUAUCAACGCCGGAAGAUUCACUGGAAUGGGACAUCGGUCAGGAUCGGCAACUCAAAUCGGAGAAUGAAUCACUCGACUUGGAAACGAAGGAACUGCUGCUCGAAAUUGAACAACUGAAAAAUAGAGUUCUUAACGAGACUGGUGCUAACAUAAGGGAUCUAAAGUUGGAUGAAUCAGUAAGUUGAUUCCGCUAAUGGGUCGAUUUGCAGCCAAUCGGAUAGCUGACAAAAAAUCAAACACGUAUCUUUAUAUGAUUGAUAGAACAAAUCUUACAGUAUAGUGACGUUGAAUUCCCUUUAGAGUCAAAGAAUUGCAGAUUUAGCGAAAAUCGAUAAAACUCCCAGACGUUUGCAUUCGAGAGUAAUAGUAAUCUGUACAACUAACAUUAAUUGUGACUUCUACCAAUUCCAUAGUUUGUAGAAGAUUUCCGAUCAAAGCAUUGAACAAACACCUUGAGGACAAAUGAAGAAAAUCGAACUGUGAAUGAUCAAACAACCAAUGAAACAGAAAGGCAUUUAUUUUUCAAGUGCUAGAAAAUAUAAAUAACCAUAGGUCGUAACAUUGUAAAUCCAACAACAAUGCCGAAUCAGUAAUAAAAGAGGCACUCCCGUUUCCCGUUGAUCUUUGUUUUAAAUACGUUUUAAA